AUGCCAGCAAACGGCUUCAACAUGCGGCAGCACUGGAUGCUUCCCAUUGUCCUCGCUCCAAAUGUCCUCUCCCAAGCGCCUCCGGCAAAGUUAGCUGUCGCUGCUAUCGAACACUUCGAAUCUUUCCAGGCGGGGCCGUUCCAGCCGCUCAUGCACAUUGACCUCGGCGAUUCGCGCCAAAAUAUUAAAUGCAUCUUCGACACGGGCUCCUCCGACAUCAUCGUGCCGAAGGCCGGCAGCGCCGUGUGCAAGCUCGCAAACCAGCAAUGUCGAAAAGCCCCUGUCGUCAUGGGGGAUUUUGAGCCUGCCGAGAGCAGAGACGUUACGCAGGUGGAUGGUUCGACCUUCAACGCUAGCUUCUCAGGGGGCGACGGUUUCGACGGCCCAUAUAUCAAGACGACGAUCAAUAUCGGGGGCGCCAAGGUGGAUGAGUCGCAGGUUGCGUUGGCGGUGAAUGGAAGUCUCCCGGGCGAUUUCCCGCAGUUUCCAAUCUGUGGGGUCGGACCGGUGGAAGCGGAGCAGACGGACAAGAAGUAUGUUAAUCUGGUGGCCAAGAUGAAGGAGAAUGGGGUUAUUGGGUCUAAUGUUAUGGGUGUUGUGUUGAACCGGAAUGCCUUCGAGAAUGGCUCUGUUGUCUUUGGAGGUAUUGACAAGAGCAAGUUCAAAGGAGAACUGCAGGAAGUUCCCAUCGAUCCGGUUCAAGGUGGAAAGAUUGCUGACUUUGUGGUCAACAUGACUUCUAUUCGGCUACAGAUGAACGAUCGCCCACCUAAGCAGGGCCAGCAGGGCCAGCAGGGCAAGGGGGGCAAGAAAGGCAAACAAGGUCAGCAGGUCCGCCGUUCUCAUUACGGCCGGGCUCUUCCUCGGCCUUCAGGUGGGAGCCAUGGGCACCAUGUAUUAAGUAAGAGGGAAGGUAACAACGAGGACAAUGGUGACAACGGAGGCAGAGGAGAUAGAGGAGGAAAUGGAGGCAAAUGGGAUAACCAACGGGAUAGAGGUAAUAGGAACAACGGAGACGGAGGAAAAAACAAAAAAGGAAACGGCAAAAAUAACCAAAACGGGGGAAACAACAAGAAGAACAACAAAAAUGGCAACCAAGAUAAUGGCAACCAAAAUAACGGUAACCAAAAUAACGGCAUCAUAGACCUCGGCCUCAAGCCCUCCGAAAAGUUUACCCUCAUCGAUACAGGCGGCGUCGGCCUCCAACUCCCGCGCGACUCGCUCGAAGCUAUGGCUAAGGCUCUCGGUACGAGGUUCAGAGACGGCAGACUCGACUCUGUCGACUGCGCCGUGGUAUCUGACAAUAAUAAGCUCCUGUUUGGAUUCAAUAACGACAAGACCGUCGUCAGCGUACCCCUAAGCCACACCCGAAUCUCCAACACCGUACUGAACGCAGAAGAACGAGCCUCUGGGGAGUGUUUCCUGCAAAUUGACGCAGUAGCGCAAGGUGAGAACCUGAAUAGCAUGGGGUUUCCGUGGGGGUCGGCCGUGUAUACUGUUUUUGAUUUAGAUAAGAACAGACUGCUGUUUGCGGAGGCGGUUGAGAAUUCCACGCAGCCAGAUCUCCAGCCGUUUCCCUAA